UUUACCCCAUUCACAAAGUUUAUUUUGGUAGAACUGGACGGGUACCGCUAAUUUCUAGCUGGGUUAAUUAAUGCGCCCUGCUGUGCCCAUUUAAGGACACUAAGUGCGAUGUAAGAAAUGACGUCGUUUUUAUUUGUUGUUAAGAUUCCAAUAAGCGAGGAUGACAAAAGUUCCUCGUCAUCUGACAAGAAAUCGGACAGCGACAAUGACAGCGAUCCAAAGAAGGAUGAAAGCGACGACGAGGGCGGACAGGUUUCCAAGGACGCUGACAAGGAUGGCGAUGACAGAGACACAGAGACAAGCAACUCCGGAAAUCAGAAGAACAAAUCAGAGAAGGAGGACGAGGAGGGGUGGGAUUUUGGGGAGGGUGAACCUGAGAAAGGAGCGGAUCUCACAAAGUCAGGGGUGGAAAAUGAUGGUGUAGUGAUUAACACAGUCACUGAGAAUAAUACCCAGCCAGAGACUCAAGCAAAUGGCACUUGCGUAAACAACCAAGUACAAACACAAACUACAAAUGUCAUUCAAACGAAUGAAACCCAGGCUUUGGAGAACACUGAGAAUUCAAAUUCAAAAAGUCAAAGUAUUGUUUACCCAGCCAAAACCACAAGGACUAAUGCAGAUACAGGGAAGUGUAAUGACAAUUACAAUAUCACAAAAGGAGAGGAAGAAUCUGUGAAAACUGCUGUGAGCACAGAAGGAAGUGAUGUUUAUAAUGUGGAGGUUGGAAUUAGCAGCGAGAACAGAGAAGCAAGUCAAUCUCCACCAAAAAAGACUUUCAUUGUAGAAAAAGCUGAUGAAAACAGUCUCCCUGCUGGGACCAAAGUGGGGAGUGAUGUCGUUAGUCUUGAUGACGUUGAGAUGGGAAUAGUCAGAGAAAACAGAGAAACAAGCAAAUCUCCACAAAAGAAGACCUUCACUGUAGAAAAAGCAAAUGAAAACAGUCUCCCUCUCAGUGGCGUCAGUGAAAAACAAAAGCAGAUAGAAGGUAUCGUUGAACAUUUAGAGAAAUCUCAGUCUGUUCCUCCUGGGAAACUUCAUGAUGAGUUACCGAUGCCUAAAUCCUUGUCAGAUGAUAGAAUUGCAGAAAUAGAAAAAGCAGAGGGUCAGAUGGUUAGGUUUAUAGAAGAUGAACCUUUGAUUGAGGUUGUGAAGCGGGUGGUGGAAUCGUUCUCCAUUGACAACUUCUCAGUGCAGGAAACAGAGAACAGAGAAUUUUACCAGGUUAUAUUUCUGGAUGAAGGUGGAGAGAGAUGUGAAAGCAUUCUCAAUCAACUUGCCAAGGAGAAGAUAGGGGACCGACCAGGGACUUCAGUAAGCAUUUUCCCUUCAAGUAUUUACAGAGGAAAUAUUCCAAAAGAAUCGGAAAUGGAUACAGAAGAUGAAGGUGAAGAAAAUGAUGACAGAGAAGAAGAGACUCCAUUCAAAAAAUCCAUCAAGGCCAGAAUGCUGGUCACCCAGGUCUUUAACAAUGUGAGAGACAAUGCCCAGUUUACCUUUGAUUACCUGGUGCUGUGUGUCGUUGCCAGUGUGUUGGCGUGUCUGGGCCUCGUGGAGAACAGCUCCGUGAUUCUAGUCGCCAGUAUGCUGGUCUCGCCUCUCAUGGGCCCUAUCCUGGGAGGGACCUUUGGGACAGUGAUGCACAACAAGUCAUUGAGGAACCUGGGAAUCAAGAACGAGCUAAUUGGCCUUCUAAUCUGUCUCAUAAGUGGUCUGUUAUUCGGGUUUGUGAGUGGAUCAGUGGACAUCAAGGGAGCUAACUGGGGGAGCACAGAUAGCUGGCCCACAGAUGAAAUGAAGUCCAGGGGUGUGCCAAGAGGACUUUGGGUUGGAGUUUUUAUUGCCCUGCCGUCAGGAAUAGGCGUGGCCUUGUCUGUACUGGGAGGAAAUUCUGGAUCAUUGAUCGGUGUGGCCAUCUCUGCCUCUCUCCUGCCCCCUGCUGUUAAUGCAGGCAUGCUGUGGGCGUACUCCAUCAUAGCUGCCAUCAGCCCCCCUGAUCUGGAUGUAAUCUACAAGAAUGUGACAGUGGGAAACACCUCCUUCCUUGAGGAAACCUUUACUCCCACAAAGUCCCUGGGGUGUAAACCGUUCAUCAACAAUAAGUACUCCCCAGUCCACAGCUGUGAUAUGGCAACCGAGGCGCUGUAUCUGGGACUCAUCAGCCUCAGUCUGACCCUCCUCAACAUCCUGUGUAUCUUCAUCAUGGGGAUUACCUUCCUCAAGAUCAAGGAGGUGGCACCCCAGCACACCACCACUGACUCAACUCGAGAUUUCUGGAGCCAAGACAUUCAAGUGGUCAAGGAGUCGUACUCGACCUCCAAGGGCCCCCAGAGCAUGCAGCUUGCCGCACAGGCCCGCAAACUCCUGGAAGACUGGAAGCAAAAAAGAGGAGACACAGCAGAGACCACACUCAAACUUCAAGAAAUCAUUGAGGAAGUGGAGAACAGUCCCGAGUACAACCAGUUCCUGCCCCGGAUUGGUGGAGGCCGAUUGGAGGCAAAUUUCCCAGAUAUGUAUUCCCGUUACCUAAAGAAGGACUUUGAAGACGCCCUGCACCAGGUUCAAGAGGGAUACAUUCCGGAGACUCGAGUCGUAGAGGAGAAAACAAAAUCGGGCUACAACGUAUACAGGACAUUUCAUGGUCUCCAGCCAACGGUUCGUAGGCGAACCAAACCCCGCGUCACCUUCGAUGUCGACGAGGAAACUCCAGCAAAACACGUUCCACGGCCCAUGUCAGAUGGCAGCAACUCAAAAAGUCAUGCCUCCAAACGAUUUUCCAUACCCCUCAAUCUAAGGAGUAAACUAUAUACCAGGAGGAAAUCCAAGGAAUCGAAAAACGAGGCAGAGCUGACACGAUUCGAGGUCAGCAAGGUGGACGAAGAACCGGAAGAUUUCUCGCCCUCAUCGGACGCCAGGAAUCCGAUGUUGGAUGCCAAUGUUUAGACCUAGAGCUUUCAUGGAGGUGCUACUCUUUAUUUAUGGUUUAGGAAUUUAAAGAAGCAAGGCUGUUCUCUGAGCAGGAUAAAUAUUCCUUUGUUUUAUAAGUUUACAUUUAGUUGAUUAGCCUUUGUCUGGUAGAUUUGUAGUGUACAGGGAAAUACAAUCUGAAAAUGUUUUAUUAUUAUGCGUACAAGUUAUUAGCCCUAUCUUCUUUUCUCUAUCACAGUUCUAGCCCUGCAGCUGAUAAACAAAUCUUCAUGUUUUGCAUUCUGAUAAAAUUUUCAGUUAAAACUACAUUUUUACAGAGAAUUACACAUUACAGUCCAUGAUUACAAGGUACAUGUAUUCCCAAAUUGAACUAUAGUCCAUUUUACAAGAUUUGUUAAUGUUUUCGCAUGGUUCUAUGUAUUGUAUUGUAACCUAAUUAUAUACCGUAGUUUAAUAAGACCUUUCUGAUAUAUACUAAUGACAAUCACACUAAAUGGCAAAGUUCAGAAAAAAGUUGAUGGAGAGAAAUCUUAUUUAUGAUUGGUUAAACCUUUUACUGAAUCAUGACAUGGUCUUUUUAACCACUUACUUUCUAAUUAUACAGUUAAAGUAUAUCAUUGAGGGGGUCAGCAAGAUUCCAGUUCCCGAGAGCAAGUCCAUUUCCUGCAGCGAAACUUGUUUUAUAAUACCGAUAGAAACAAUCAAUCAGAAAAAAAGUUGAUAAAAUAAUUUUUUAUAAUUUAAAGCUGCUUGGUCCGAUUUUAUUUCAAAUUUUAUGCACGCUUUUAAACGAUGGUUAUGCUAAGUAUAUAUGUAUAAUAAUAGACAUUGCAGUAGUUUUCCAAGUCAAUGAAGCCAUAUAUCAAUGAAGGAAAAUACGUACAAAAUUUGCUAACAAAACAAACGACAUAAAAGGGUACUGCGUUAUUUCGCCUUGUGUUAAAUUUCACCCCUGACGACAAGACGGGUAUGGUUGUAUUACGACUUUGACAUCGCUUUAAAUAAAGGUCGAAAUGAUCAGACAAAUUACAAAUAAACAUUUGUACGUUUUGUUCGCUAAUAUUUCUGAAGUUUGCUUUCUUUACAAUCGAUGCAUAGCAUGCAGGUUGAAUAACCCCAAUCAUUCGGGGGACGAAACCAAACGGUUUUUUUUUCUAAACAUUCCUGUGAUGCAUUUUGGUUUGUUUUUUCGUUUGCCCAAAACGAAAUUAUUUUUAUUUACUUUGAAUAUUUCUAACUUUGAAAAGAGACUGAUUCUGCUGGGGUAAAUAGGAGAAAGUCCAUAACUUUCUAAGAUAAAUGAUUUGUGUGGGAAAAAUUUGAUACUGUAAUAACAAAAAAAUCGGACCAAGCAGCUUUAAUUCUGGUUGUAACGCGGCAUUUGAUUGGAUAAAAAAAUGAAGUUAAAUUUGUAUAACCUGGUUUGAACGUCACAAUACACAUCUCAAUGCACCAACGUCAAAAACAUACUAAUCCGCUUGACGUUGCGUUUGAAUUUUGAACAGAUUAAUAUCAUUUUUAAAAGUAAAAUGCACUCAAUUCGUACUGUAAAUUACAGAAAAUUAAAUAAAAAAGGAAUGAACUCGAUAUCUACCCAAGUUAUACUCGUAUAACCUGGUUUGGAGCAUUUUACGCUUUUUUAUAAUCUGCUUCGCGAAUUAUAAAGCGUAAACUAAGUAGUAUAUCCAACAAGUUAAAAUGUCAAAGUAAACAAAAUUACAUGUGCAUGUGCAUCGCAUUGUAAAUGCAAGUAUUGUUAUGAUGAAAAAUGAAGAAGCAAAGCCAAACAAAAAGGACAUUUGCAUUAAGAAUUAAAUCAUAUGUUUAUGAAUAUUCAUGAUUUUAUUCGGAAUAUUUUGGAACUUUCCCUUUGAUUAACAAAAUUUACUAAAUGUUCCAAACAGGUGUGUAUCAGUUAAUCGAACUGACACACCUUUUCAGGGAAUCCGUCUGUUUACUGCGAAUUUCAGGGAAUCAGUGAAUUGCAUAUUCUCUGAUAUAGUAAAAAAAGGUAGAGAUAUAAUAACUAUAUACAAUCUGAAUCAGGGUUUCGACUGAUAUUUUUGUUCUCUUAUUUACUGUGUAUGUAAAUGGUUUUUAUGAAUUUUAUUUCAUUCAUAACAUGUAGUUUUUUUAUUGAAUACCUUUCUGUGCUUUGAAAAUGUCAGACGAGUGAAAAUAAGUUGAUUUUUAGCUCACCUGAGCCAGAAGAUGAUGCAUCUGGUAGUCUUUGAAAAUCAUGCAUAUAUAUGUACAUGCUAUGCAUAGUGACUUUUCAUUUUGCUGAAUUAGGACUAUCAUUCAAUUGUUCAGGAAAGACAACUGAGGUACUUCUCUAAUGAUUUUCAAAUUGCUUUUUCUGAUAGUUAAUUUUGAUUAAAAGAUUCCUGCAAUUCCUUCUCAUUAAUACAUCGAUUAACAUAAUGGUAUGCGAGGUGUUUUUAUUGGGGUCAAAUACCGUAUUAUAAAGCUGUGGUAUGACUUGAUCACAAUUCUGAAUUUUAAAGGGGUAUUUAAAGAUUGGGCAUUAUCUCAUUGAUAAAUGUUAAAAUCAGGUCAUUAAGUCACUGUUUACAUGUAUACAAGCAUGUAUUACACUACUUAAUGUAAUUUCUCACAGAAUCCUUGCAGGGUAUUUAUGUUUUAAUGCUGUAGUAGGGUUUUUACACAAAAAAGCAAGUUUGUUCUCACAUUCUCCAUAAAAAUAUUUAAAGUUGUUGAAUUUCUUUGAGGAUGCAUUGUCAAAGCUAACCUAGCCUUGAUCUUUUUACAGUAAUAAUAAUACUCCUUCAUCCUCCCUACCAGCCUAUACAUAGUCAACAGCAACGUUGUGAUGUGCCUUAAUUUUACCUAAUUUCAUUAAACAAUCAAAUUGUAUUCUAUGUAAAAUGUAGAGUACAAAGCCAACAGUAUUUAUCAUAAAUCUGUUAUAUAAUCAAUUAUGGUAUUUCAAAAGAUUGAUUUUUUUUUUUACAUGAUUUAGGUUUAUUCCUAAUCGUCUUUUAAUUCUUAUUCAAAGCUUUAAUCAAUUUUAGAAAAUAUUAAGUUGGUUUUUUAUUCUUCUUCAUACAAAUCUAGUUAUUUUGAUUGUUAAACUUAGAUUUUAUGUUCAUUAUGUUUACAAAGUUUUAACUGUUAAGAUUUUAUAUUUAUUGGAGUGUCAGCAGAAAUGUUAUGAAUUUGUGUCUACAUGUAUAUAGUACAUACAUUGUGUAUGUAUGUGUGUAUUAUUGAUUUGCAACGAAGUAAGCUGUGUUACUGAGUGACAUAUUAUACAUAAACAUUGAUGUAUUGUACAGAAUUGGUCUUUCUACAAAUGUCUGAAUAUUAUGUUUAUGUUGACAGAUUAUUUCUGCCAUUCUAUGGUAGUAUAUUCCAUCGUCUGUCCUUAUUUGGCAGGCUUCCUCUCAGGACCUUUUUUAUCAGUGUACCUGGUAAUUAAUGAUUUAAUUGUAUUUAUUUUUUUUAAUUGCUUCUGUUUUAAUUAAAGGCUCAGGAUUCUUAUAAGUCUUUGUCUUACCAGCAUAUUGGCAUAGUCAUGCAUGUUUCCUUUGUGAUUUAUGUUCAGUGUUUUUGUCAAAUUAUGCUAUGCUUCAUGUUUCUAUAAAUGUCAGAAUCUGAGCAAAAAUAUACAAUUUAUUUGUUUGAUAAUAAGCUGUUAUUAUGCGAGGGUAAGAUGGAGGAAUUUGGUAGCAUUAAAGAUAAUCAACAGGAGUGAUCCAGUGGAGUGUACGUGUGUGGGGUUCUUUUGGUUAUGGUUGUGGGAGAGCUUCAUACUGUAUUCUAUGUUAUUUCAAGUUCGUAGGAAGUCAGAUAUGUGACAGGAUAAAUACACAAUGUUACAGGCAACAAUUUGUUCCUGGAUUUAUACUUUUUGUAAAACAUGCAACACUUGAUUCCCAAUAUUUCCAUUCCAUCAUUGUGGCCUUUACUGUUUUGUCUUAGUUCUUUUAAAAUUGAUGUCUUUAGUCUCUGAUUCAAAUAAAAUGCAUGCCAACUCUGAA